CCUCAACUGACCAAACCUCUCUCUUACGCAUAAAGGGGAGGAGAUAGCCUACUGUCUGAAAGAUAUCAGAACCAAGGCGAUCAGAACAGCACCGCUUUGAGCGGAUGUAGAUUAUACGGUGUGUUAACCUCCGAAAACAUGGCAAAUCGUAGUGAAUCGUCUCUAACGCGGAGUCGUACGAAUGACAAAGAACGCCAAGCUCUGGAGGAAGCAGACUCUAACAUUGGUCUGUGUGGAUGGUUCCUGGUAGGAAUCUCCAUCUUGCUGACUUUGGCCACCUUCCCUCUCUCCAUAUGGAUGUGCAUAAAGAUAGUGAAAGAGUAUGAGAGAGCCAUCAUCUUCCGUUUAGGACGAAUUCUCAAAGGAGGUGCCAAGGGGCCAGGUCUGUUCUUCGUCCUGCCCUGCACAGAUACCUUCAUUAAAGUGGACAUGCGCACCAUCUCAUUUGACAUUCCCCCACAGGAGGUCCUGACCAAGGACUCGGUGACAGUGAGUGUGGAUGGCGUGGUGUACUACCGCGUGCAGAACGCCACACUGGCUGUGGCCAACAUCACCAACGCUGACGCCGCCACCCGCCUGCUUUCUCAGACAACCCUCAGGAACGUGCUGGGCACCAAGAACCUGGCCGAGAUCCUCUCAGAUCGCGAGGAGAUUGCACACAGCAUGCAGGCCACUCUGGACGACGCCACGGACGAUUGGGGCAUCAAGGUCCAGCGCGUGGAGAUCAAAGAUGUCAAGCUGCCCAUUCAGCUGCAGAGGGCCAUGGCUGCUGAAGCAGAGGCCUCACGGGAGGCUAGGGCCAAGGUGAUUGCGGCGGAGGGCGAGAUGAACGCUUCCCGUGCGCUGAAGGAGGCGUCCCUGGUGAUCGCCGAGUCCCCAUCUGGCCUGCAGCUGCGUUACCUGCAGACUCUCAACACCAUCGCCGCCGAGAAGAACUCCACCAUCAUCUUCCCCCUCCCCAUAGAAAUGCUGCAGACCUUCAUGAAACAUUAAGACUUCCACUCACACACACAUACACAUGCACCCACUCACAAUACAUACGCUUACACAUGUCACACGCACACACUGUGAGCAUAUACUGGACUUUGGACUGUGUGGAUGGGAUGCGAUAUACUCAAUCAUUCAAGUCAGACAGAUGGCCAUACCACCACACACCUCACUUCACUCUCCCUCCAAACGCAUCGAGGCAUUUGGCCAAAUCUAUACAAUGUUUUCCCAUUGACAGCAUGUUACAUUCAGAAUUCUGUAUGGCCAACAUUCUGUAUUCAUUAUACUGAACAUUGGUAGAUAUACAGGUAGACAUAUGAUUGGCUGUUGUUGGUAGAUAAUUAGGUAGACAUUUGAUUGGCUGUUUUGUUAGAAUGGUGGAAGAAGUCUGCUCCAUAUAUUACCACCACCAUGGAGGUUAUGUUUUUGGUGCUGGUUUGUUUCUUUGUUGGUCAGUCUGUAAGCAGGAAAUCACACACAAAAAAAACGAGCUGCCUGAUUUUUAUGACACUUGGUGGAAGUGUAGCUUGGGCCAAGUGCCAUUCUGGAGCAGAUACAAAACACUGGGUGGAUCCACAAAUCCAAGCAACACAUCAUUGCGCUAUAUUCCCAGCAUUUCAGAAUUGUGUCAGACUUUGCGAAAGAAAUUACAUAAAACCUUUUCCUGAAAGAGUUUGUGUUGUCGGUAUAGGACAGUCACAAUAUGACUUCUAUACAGUACACACAGAUGUAUCUCUUUAUGGUAUGAGCAUUCAUGUGAAGUGGAGUGGAAUCCAGGUCAUGAGAUACUCUCCCUCCACUUAAAGGCUUUCAGAAAACCAGAGCAUCAAAUAACCAGAGGAAAUAGAAGUAACCACAUCUCAGCCCUGCUGCAAACCCACAUGUUCUUAACAUUGCAUUUCUGACACACAUUCUCACUGCAUAAACACAACGCAACCACGCACAAGCCCUUGCCUAGUGAGAGUAGUAGUGUGUUGAGCCAGAGGUACAUUUAAAUUCAGAAAACAGACGUGAGUGUUUGUGUCAAUUUGCACAUUGCACCAUAUUUUUGUUUACAGUUUAAAGCAAACAAUUUGAAAUGUCUUCACAAAAAUGUUCUGAUUUAAAAGUUUGCCUGUUUGCCAAAUUGGAAUGUACCUCUGAGUUAAGGCUCAACAUGCCACUAAUGUGUGUUUGGAUCCGUUUGCCUACAGUAUAUAUGUGAGUUGCUAUCUGCAUCUGAAAUCCCAUACAGUAUCAAUGAAAGGUCAGUGUAAUUGAAUAGUCAACACUGUAAACAUUCUUGAGGAUGAUUACAGUGCAGUGCAGUGAUGCUUAAUUGUAAGUGUGUGUGUGUGUGUGUGUGUGCGCGUGCGCAUGCAUGCUUGUGGGAGUAAGCUGUUCUGAAUGCAAAAAAGAUGCCUUGUAUUUUAUUAAGCUGUACCUGACUCUCUCUUUCUCUAUCCGUGGUCGUAUCUGACAACAUAAAGCCUUAAUGAGUGUUACAUGCUAAUCUCACCUCCAAACAGACUUUUUUAACCAAUUUAUCAGGAACAUUUUUUUUACUUCAGAGCUUUUUUUAUUUUAACUAUACAUUGUAUGAUUCAGUAUUAUAGCGAUUGAUCAAAUUAACCCUGUUUGUAUUACCCAUGGCUGUGGCUAGUUAUAGAAAGCUAAUAAUAGAAAAUAUUAUUGCGGUGUUUUAACUGCCCUGAAACAAGCAGUUUUGUUCACUGCCUACUGACCUGCUCUGCCUACUAAUGUAAUGUCUCGCCAAAGAUGUGAAUGCCCUAGUGUUACGUGCCUAUUUGUACCUCUGCCAAGUUUACACUCUAGGUUGCAGCGUGUGUGGGAUUUCAAAAUUAAGCCAUGGGCUUUGUUGAAUUGCUUCCUGUUGCACUUUGCUAUACUGUGUUUUCCGGGUAUGUGCCAAGCAGCACAUAUUGCCAUAAUAAAGUUCAAAUUAAGCUUUGUGUUGUGAAAUGUAUGUGAAAUAUUUGUUUGUACCAGUAUGUGAAGUGAAAGUGCUAUAUACCCUUGUGUAUGAAGUUGGUGUUUAUUGAAUAUCACUUUUAUUUGUUGAAGUUGUGUAAUGUUGAAAACACGCACUGACGUCCACAUUUAACAACUUAUAUAAAACCAAUAAACAACUGAAGGUUUAUACCA